AUGUCACAGAGAGUCGCCACCAAGGUUUGCACGGAGGUGGGAGAUUGGUUCUUCAACAGUGGGACCAACGCUACAUGGACCAACUACACACAGUAUUACACCAGUCGUAUGACCAAAAGAGUCGCCACCAAGGUUUGCACGGAGGCGGGAGAUUGGUUCUUCAACAGUGGUUCCAACGCUACAUGGACCAACUACACACAGUAUUACACCAGUCGUAUGACCAAAAGAGUCACCACCAAGGUUUGCACGGAGGCGGGAGAUUGGUUCUUCAACAGUGGUUCCAACGCUACAUGGACCAACUACAAACAGUAUUACACCAGUCGUUUGACCAAAAGAGUCGCCACCAAGGUUUGCACGGAGGUGGGAGAUUGGUUCUUCAACAGUGGGACCAACGCUACAUGGACCAACUACAAACAGUAUUACACCAGUCGUAUGACCAAAAGAGUCGCCACCAAGGUUUGCACGGAGGCGGGAGAUUGGUUCUUCAACAGUGGUUCCAACGCUACAUGGACCAACUACACACAGUGUUACACCAGUCGUAUGACCAAAAGAGUCGCCACCAAGGUUUGCACGGAGGCAGGAGAUUGGUUCUUCAACAGUGGUACCAACGCUACAUGGACCAACUACACACAGUGUUACACCAGUCGUAUGACCAAAGUAGUUAUACGUUUCCCGGAGCUCAGAAACUCUUCCUUAAUUGCUCAAUAUGUUCCUUUGGUCAAGACUGUAUCCAGGGUCGGCUAUGGUGUCUCUCUACUGACCCUUAUCGUCGCUUUCUGUAUAUUUGCUACUUUUAAGAAACUCCGCUGUCCCCGCAACAAGCUGCACAUGCAUCUGUUCGUGUCGUUCAUGAUGCGCGCCUUCACCACUCUGCUGAAGGACGCGUUGUUUGUACGAGGGGUCGGCCUGCCUUCGGACCUCGCCUUCUGGGAGGGAGAAGCUUACUUCUUGCAUGAGAAUGAGCAAAACUGGCAAUGCAAGUUGAUCAUGAGUCUCUGGCAAUACUUCAUCAUGGUCAACUACUCGUGGAUUCUGAUGGAAGGCAUCUACCUUCACAACCUCAUAUUCCUAGCGGUAUUCUCAGAUACAUCCGCCAUCACUGUAUACGUUGUCCUAGGGUGGGGUCUGCCUCUAUUGUUCGUUGUACCCUGGGUGACUGUUCGAAUGUUAUGGGAGAACACCCUGUGCUGGACAACCAACAACAACCCUAACUACUUCUUGCUCAUCAAGGUCCCCACUACCGUCUCUAUACUGGUAAACUUCGUCCUAUUUAUAAAUAUCGUGAGGCUUCUGUUGUCAAAACUGAUGGCUGCAAUAUCAGAGGAAUCACGCAGGUUUAGGUACAGUGUGUUCCGUGUGUACAGGAGAUGGGCAAAGUCCACGCUGGUGUUGGUUCCGCUGUUCGGGGUCCACUACAUCGUGUUCCUCAUCAUGUCCUACAUCGGAGUGGAAGAGAACGUUGAGAUCGUCUGGCUCUUUAUUGACCAACUAUUUACGUCGUUUCAGGGGUUCCUUGUUGCGAUCCUGUACUGUAUUCUGAAUGGUGAAGUGAGGUCUGAGAUCGGAAAGCAGUGGAGAGGGUUGCCACUGUGGAGGGCCCGUGCUGCUUCCCUCCCUCUCAACAUGUUCCCCCACCAUCGCCACUCCCACCCCUCCCAGGGCUCAGGCGGCUCAGGGUCCUACCUGGCGAGGAUGUUUGGCCGCCGCCACUCUAGCAGACGCUACGGCAACGGCUGCAAUCGAGAAAAGGAUGCAUGUGCCACUACAAUGAUGUCUAGUGUCACCAACGACGCCAACGCAGGCUCAGUCUCCCUCCCACACAUAUGA